ACCCAAACACAUGAACCCCAUGGUCAAAGUACAUCUCUCUCUCCCUUAAUUCAAUAUGAUCAGAUUCUCUUAAGACCUAAACAUGUAAUCUGCAGAAUUUUAAAACAUAAAAAAGAUCAAAAACUAGAUUCUCAUUCUUCACAAUCCAUAUAGAAAGAUAUUAUAGAAGUUCCAAGCUUUACAGACCCAUACACACAACAUUAUUUUAAUUCCACAAUAUACCAGAGGACACCCAACUCUCCUAAAAAGUUAGACAGAGGUAGGCCACCCAAUAAAACCCACCUCCCCAAAAUACAAAUACACGCUAAUCUUCCCAAACAGCCCUUCUACCAUUUCUAACCAAAACCCCAUCUCUCAAAACAACCCAAAAACCCCACAAGAACCCUUUCCCAGCCAUGGAGUAAACAAAAGCGCAGAUGGGCUUUCCAAAAUCUGCACCCUUGUUUUCUCCCUUUACUUUCUUAAGCAAAAACCCAUCUCCCCAAACCCCCUAAAAUCCAAUUUCCCAAACAUGAUUUGAGCAAAACCCACAGAUGGGUUUUUCUAGAUCCACGCUCUUUUCUAUAUUCCUGGUUUUCCUUACUGGUUUUUCCCUCCUCACUCCUGCUAAUUCCGCUGCCGACAUCUUCUCCUUAGCGUUCAAGGGCUGUUCAAAGCAGACUAUUUCAGACAACAGCAGUUUUCAAGAUACUGUAACUGCUCUCUUCAGUGCUCUUAUCUCCCAAUCCUCAAGCGCCCACUUCUUCAAAUCCUCCUCCGGCAGCGGCCAGAACUCUGUAUUGGGCCUCUUCCAAUGCCGUGGCGAUCUCAGCAACGCCGAUUGCAGCAGCUGCAUCCGCCAGAUUGCAGAAAAGUCCAGUGAUUUGUGCGGCAAGUCGAUCGCUGCACGGAUACAGCUCGCUGGGUGCUAUGUGCACUAUGAGAUCGCCGCGUCCCAGCAGGUUUCUGGGACCGAGUUGCUAUACAAGACGUGUAGCGGCUCACGGGAGAGUUUUGAGGAGAAGAGGGAUACUGCCUUCGCUGCGUUGGAGAGUGGAAUUGCAGGCGGGAGCGGGUUCUAUGCAACGACGUAUGCCUCAGUGUAUGUGAUUGCGCAGUGCGAGGGGGAUUUGAGUGUGGCGGAUUGCAGUGAGUGCGUGAAAGAGGCGGUGCAGCGUGCCGAGGUGGAGUGCGGGAACUCAAUUGCAGGGCAGGUUUAUUUGAACAGGUGCUAUAUGAGCUACAGCUAUUACCCACAUGGGAUUCCCGGGCAUUCUUCAGGGUCAAAGCAGAGCACAGGGAAGACUGUGGCCAUUGUCUUUGGAGGAGCUUUUGCUUUGUUUUUCGUGGUUAUUUGUCUACUUUUCCUUAGAUCCUUGCGGAGGAAACAUGAUGAUUAUUGAGUGGAUGGAAGUGGGACUUGUGAUGGUGGCGUUGGAGAUGCAAUGGGGGGUUUUGAUGUGGGUGGAAAUUUUGGGAGAGGAGCAAUUGGGCUUUUUGUAUUUCUUUUUUUCUUUUCUGUUUUUAAUUUUAUAGAGGAACGAGAGGAAUUUGUUGAGAAGCUAAAAGUGGGGUGUUUGGUGUGUGAAAGGAGGAAUGAAUGUUUGUCUUCUUGGGUGACGGGGAAAGGGGAUUUUGGCUUUUUUCAGAUGCCAUGUGGUUUUUUGAAUGUGUUCCAAAAAAAUAAUGCUUCUCCAUUUUCACAAUCACUUUAGAUUAGAUUUUCAAAGCUCAAAGCCACUUUACUCUCUCUCUCUCUCUCUCUCUCUCUCUCUCUCUCUCAUUGUAAUCUCAUUCUUUUCGUAUCCGACUGGAAAGUUCUCAAUCUCAUUCCUUUGGGAUCCGACUGGAAAGUAAUACAAUGACAAUUUUUAGCUGA